AUGAAUAUGGGGCAACUUCACAAUAGGAAGCAAGCACUUUGCCUGCUUUUUUUUUAAACUUAUGAGCCUGACACUGCAAAUGCUCAUGGGGAGACCUCCGAGAAAGCAUUUUUGAAUCGUUCCAUGAAAGCUGCAAUGGAGAAUCAGCUUUUUACAGCCUUUCUUUUGUCAUUUUCCAUAUCAUUUUGUGCAAGUCACCGUCAUGAAGUUGAACUGUCUACUAUUGCACAGACUUCUGAGAAAUUCAUUCCAGAUAAGGCAGCUGGUAUAAACACUGAUUUGGCAAUACUUAUGCAGAAGCAUCAUCUUCAGGAACUUUUUCAUCGUUAUGGCGAAAACAAUACUUUGACUGUUGAAGGAUUUAGGAAGUUGCUGCAGAAUUUAGGAAUAGAUAAAGUAAAAAAGAUCAAUAUUGGCCACAAUCAUGAUCACCAUCUUCAUCAUAACCAUGUUACGCUAAGCAAAAGCUUUGAAAGAACAGAUUGCCCAAGUCAUGAAUCUGGUGGUGUGAGUAAGGAUCCUAGCAAUGGUCAAGCAAAGGAAUUACAAAGAGUAGAAAAUGCUGAGCACAAGCAGAACUUUAUAAGUUACAAGAAUACUGUUACGGAAAUAACUGCAUCUAUCAACAUCACUAGUACUGACAGCAAUCCUGUGUUACAGAAUUCAGAAGUGAAAGAAGUGAAACCUGUUGUUCAUACAAAUUUAACCAGCCCUAGUGCCAUGAAUGUUACAGAAAGCAGCAGCACGAGUUUAUUUGUUAAUGGAAAAGCUAAUGAAUCUGAAAUAAGUUACGUGUAUUCUAAAUUUAAAAAUCAAAAUACACAAGAGUGCUUCAAUGUAUCAAAGCUGAUGCUGUCUCAUGGAAUAAGCACACAAGUCUUGUUGACUGCUGCAGAAUUCAGCUAUCUCUGUCCAUCAAUUCUUAACCAGAUUGAUGGCAAACACUGCAUAAUCCAUGCAGCUAGUGAAAAGGCUGAAAGCCCUCCGAAAAGCUAUUCGUUGCAAAUAGCUUGGAUUGGUGGUCUGAUAUCAAUCUCCAUCAUCAGUUUUCUAUCUUUAUUGGGUGUUAUAUUGAUACCUCUGAUGAAUCGUGUAUUUUUCAAGUUUCUUCUAAGUUUCCUUGUGUCACUGGCUGUUGGAACACUGAGCGGAGAUGCUUUUUUACAUCUUCUUCCACAUUCUCAUGGAAAUCAUCGCCAUCACCACGAGAAACCUUUACUUGAACAAAAUAAAGACUCCUUGUUCAAGCAUCUUGUCUUUCAAAGUGUAGAAGAAACUGCUUAUUUGGAUUCCACAUGGAAGGGAUUGACAGCUCUUGGAGGCCUGUAUUUCAUGUUUCUAGCUGAACAUUUGAUCACUUUAAUUAAGCAGUUUAAAGACAAGAAGAAGAAGAAAAAAAAUGAAGAUGCAGAAAGUAAGAAGUUUUCAACAAACGAGGAAAAAUUAGAUACAGAUUAUCGGCCUGAAGGUUACUUAGCGACAGAGUCACAAGAUCCAUCGCAUUUCAUUUCUCAGCAACCUGUGGUACAAGAAGAAGAAGAAGUCAUGAUAGCUCAUUCCCAUCAAGAGGAAGCUGAUCAUGAAUAUGUAUCCAGGGGGUGUAGAAACAAAUGCCAUUCACAUUUACAUGACACUCUUGGACAAUCAGAUCAUCUGAGUCACCAUCAUCAUGACUAUCAUCAUAUUCUACACCACCAUCAUACCCAGAACCAUCAUCCACACAGCCACAGUCAGCGCUACUCACGUGAAGAGCUGAAGGAUGCUGGGAUAGCUACUCUAGCCUGGAUGGUGAUUAUGGGUGAUGGACUACACAACUUCAGUGAUGGCUUAGCAAUUGGUGCAGCAUUUACUGAAGGUUUAUCUAGUGGAUUAAGUACUUCUGUGGCUGUAUUUUGCCAUGAAUUACCCCAUGAGUUAGGAGAUUUUGCGGUACUUCUAAAAGCUGGCAUGACUGUCAAACAAGCUGUUCUUUAUAAUGCUCUGUCAGCUACGUUAGCAUAUCUUGGAAUGGCAACUGGGAUUCUUAUUGGUCACUAUGCUGACAAUGUUUCAAUGUGGAUAUUUGCACUUACUGCUGGCUUGUUCAUGUAUGUGGCUCUUGUUGAUAUGGUGCCUGAAAUGCUCCACAAUGAUGCUAGUGAUCAUGGAUGUAGCCGUUGGGGAUAUUUCCUGUUACAAAAUGCUGGAAUCCUGUUAGGUUUUGGUAUUAUGCUGGUUAUCUCUGUGUUUGAACAUAAAAUUGUGUUCAGCAUAAACCUAUAAUUUUGGUUACCUGACAUUGAAUUGACGAUUUAUAGCAGAUGUGGUUCUGCUUUUUCUAUUAGUUACUGUAAUUGACCUCUAGGCUUUAUGAACUAGGCAUUUUUUUAUUGUUGUAUCUUUUUUCCCAGAAGUAAAAGUGCAUGGUGUGAACUAUUUAUACAGUGUUUAGUAUUGUAUGAGGUACUAUGGAUGAUUGCACUAGUGAGUGCUAUGCUGUUACACAUGGUAAAAGUGCCAAAUCCAUAAAGGACUUUUUGUAGAAUUUUAAUUUUAAAUUGUUUUGUGUGUUCCUUUAUUGCAUGUAAUAAUUGAGAUUUUUAGCAUCUUGUACUUGUACCUAAAUGGUGCCUGCUUGUAUAAAUAAGUCAAAAUGUUGUGUUGUAUUUUGUACUACAUUAAGAACACAUUUUUUUUGUAUUUCAAGAAGAGUGAAUACUGUGGGCAUAGUGAGCUUUGUAAAACAAUAUAUUUGAAGAGAGAAAUGUAAUAAAUGGACUAUACUCGUCAGCUAUUAUGGGAUUUACAAAUCAGACACAGCUUAUCCAUCUCAUACACAAGUUGUCAAAAUAUGGACAAUUCGUAGUAAAGCUCGCUGCAAUAACGAAGCAGGAAGAAAUUGUGUAUAUAAUGUAUAUACAAGAAGAAUGACCAGAACUACAAACUGAGGCAAAGGGAACAAUAAACGACAGCUCUUUUUAAAUAAUGGUGCGUUUCUUGUGCUAUCAUGAUAUUUAAGUCUGUAUUAAACCAAACAAAGAAACCGAGUGAAAUCCUGGUUCUUUUGAAGUCAAUAGCAAGGCCUCAUUGGCUUCAGUGGGGUCCAGGUACUUUCUGUAUGGAAAGGCAUCGCGAGAGAACAAAGUAAUUAAACUUUGG